CGCAUCGCAACAACCGGUGGAUGCAACACGUCUCUCGGACUCACUGGUGCUGAAGCUGCGCGCACUCGGAAGAUUCCAGCAUUCCACAACCCAUCACAUCGACACUAUGGAUCGUGAUGCCUUUUAUCGCCUGAUGAAACUUCCCUUCGUUUUGUUUUUCCGCUUUAACCAUCACGCUCGUGAUUUGUUCGUGCAAUUUAAUGUUCGUGGGAAUCAGUAACCUGAGGUAUUAACUCGGUUUUUUGGUAGUUAUGAUUGUCAAUUUGACUCGCGCGCAACUGCGCUCCAUAAACUGACGCUUUCAUUUAGUUGCACUCCAGCUUCACCAAAAAGCGCAGAGAGAUUUCUGGAGUGAAUCGCCUUAUAAACGCGCAACUGGAGCAGAACCAGUGCCAUGGGGCCCUUACUCUGGGAAGGGCGCCUGUCGUGUUUUCUUCUCCAUGCGUCUGUUCUCCUGCUGCUCAGCAAGGGGGAGCGGAUGUGCCCUGUGAGUUGCCGCUGCGAAGGCAAGAUUGUUUACUGCGAGUCUGGCGCCUUUCAAGACGUCCCGGAGAACAUCUCUCAAGGGUGCCAGGGUUUAUCCCUGCGGUACAACAGCAUCUUGUUGUUGCUACCUUACCAGUUUGCUCACCUCAACCAGCUGGUCUGGCUCUAUCUGGACCACAAUUCCAUCAGCGAAGUGGACAGACUGGCCUUCCAGGGACUUCGUCGGCUAAAGGAACUGAUCUUGAGCUCUAACAAGAUUGUGCAGUUGCAAAAUGGCACCUUUGAGACUGUCCCGAACCUGCGCAACCUUGACCUGUCCUACAAUCAGCUGCAGGACUUGAUACCAGGGCAUUUCCAUGGACUCCGCAAGCUUCAGAAUCUUCACCUGCGAUCAAACAACAUCAAAAGCAUCCCCGUCCGCACGUUUAUGGAGUGUCGGAGCCUGGAGUUUCUAGAUUUGGGAUACAAUCGCCUGCGGACUAUCACCCGUACGACCUUCCUGGGACUGCUCAGGCUGACAGAACUUCACCUUGAGCACAAUCAGUUUUCCAGGAUUAACUUUUUCCUAUUUCCACGCCUCUUGAACCUACAGGCUCUUUAUCUGCAAUGGAAUCGCAUACGGACUGUCGUCCAAGGUUCGCCUUGGACUUGGCACACUUUGCAAAAAUUGGAUCUAUCGGGCAACGAGAUUCAAAUUUUGGAUCCCGCUAUUUUUCGGUGUUUGCCCAAUUUGCACACUCUCAAUCUGGAGUCCAACAAGAUCAGUAAUGUGUCCCAGGAAGUGGUUUCAUCGUGGAUCUCCAUUAGCACUAUCAACCUGGCAGGAAACAUAUGGGACUGUAGCUCUAGUAUCUGCCCUCUGGUGUCUUGGCUGAGAAACUUCAGGGGAACUAGAGAUGCCAGUAUUAUUUGCAGCACUCCCAAAUCUCUUCAGGGAGACAGAGUCAUGGAGGCAGUGAGGAACAACUCGGUGUGCGAAGAGAUAUUUACUGUGGAACCGACCACGGAAUUGACACUUCUUUUGACUACUACUAUGACAACUCUUUAUGUGACAAAGCCACCCACAACCACCACUACAACCCCACGCACCACAACGAAACAGCUUUCCCAAGUUACUCACAUACAAAGACUCACCCCAAAAGUUGUAUUCCCUGUUCAGUCUGACAAAGAAUUCCGAUCACCUCUAACAGUGACGCCUAGCACCCUACCCUUCACCCCUGAACCUGAGUUUGAACAUAUGACCUUCCACAAGAUAGUCGCUGGCAGCGUUGCCCUAUUUCUCUCAGUCUCAUUAAUCCUUUUAGUGAUUUACGUGUCGUGGCGACGAUACCCUAACAGCAUGAGGCAACUCCAGCAGCACUCCAUCCGACGCAAGCGCAGGAAAAAGCCUCGAGAGCCUGAACAUAACAUCAACUCGCAACUGCAAGAGUAUUACCUAAGCUACAACCAUGCCGAUGCAGAGACGAUAGACUCUUUGGUUAACGGGGCGUGCACCUGCACCAUCUCGGGCUCCAGAGAGUGCGAGGUAUGACCAACCAUUAAAAAACGCAUUCUCUGCACCGGGGAGUCAGAG